AUGAACAAGUUCGUCCAGCAGAGAAAUUGCCUACAGGCUGGCCGCACGUUUGAAAGGCGGCUCGUCAAAAUUUACCCGCAAGGAAUGAGGGCUCCAAGGGUGCGGCGGAAUGAGAAGCCGCCCCAGCGAGAGUUCAAAUAUGUUCAGCAUAUGGUGAGCCUACUCGGCACUCCUUUCGAGCGCGUCUUCAAGCUCGACGAAAAUCAAGCGACCUUCAUCUCCCCCGCACUUAUGCAGGGUGUUCCCGUGGGGAAAAUGGAGGAGCAUGGUGAACACUGGCAGAGCAGUUGGUGUUCGAUCGAUAUUUGGAAGGAUACAGAGGAUCCCCGGAACGCCUUGGUGAAGAGGACAAAGAGAGAAUGCGAGAGAGUCAUGGCCAACUUUGGCCCAGACACGGAGUUUCAUCCGAAUCAGCUGUUGACAGCGGUUGCCUUACCUAGCGAUGGGCUGUGCAACUCAAGACUACCCGUGGAUAUGUGCCCAUAUCUGGAGACUCUCCAGCCCUUACAUGAUGCAGGAGUCCUCAAGAUGCGCCCUCUAGACUUCAUUCGGUGGAGGCUCAUUGACAAAUUCAGCAGAAAGAAAAAGCGUGUUUGGCCAAAACCGGUCAAAUCAGCGGUUCGCAAUCUUCGGCUUGGUUCUCUCAAGACUCGUGACCAUCUCACGAGAUACGCAAUGAGGUUGGGAAACUUGGAUUCUACUGAAUGGGGAGCGUUCAUGGAUGAGUAUCGACGCAAGAACUCUACCAGCCAGCAGCAUGAGGACUAG